AUGUCACCACCCCCAGCGUUCCAACUGUUCACCUCACUCCGCUACGAUCCACUCCUCUUAUCGUCUGUAGAGAACUCCAGGCCAGAUCUUAACUUCGUCACUCCAUCACCCUUCUAUAUGCUCGCCUACCACCGCGACCGCAUGGUCGAAGCCGCACAGCACUUUGACUUUGACCUCGUGACCAAAAGACUUGCCGACGGGAAACGCCUACAUGAAGACCUGUUAUGGAGCGUGAAGGCGUGGCAGAAGAGCGAGGGCAAACAAGACGGGCCGUUGAAACUGAGAGUCUUGUUUGACAAAGCGGCGAACAUGACCGUGGACUUUCUAUCCAUCCCCCCCGUCCCGCUCACCACCCUCUACCCAACCUCAUUCGACCCACCAAACCCAACCCCGCAAGAGCACCCAACCAAGAAGAAAGACUUCCAACCCUCACCCCUGACAGGCGGCGCUCUCAACCUUGGACCCACCGACUCGCUACCCGCAGGCGACUCCUCCCAAGGGCCUCAGCCACCACAGCCAAAGGAGUUCAAACCCUCACCCCUGACGGGUGGUGCCUUGAUUCUAGGGCCCACUGACUCGCUCCCAGCAGGCAACAAAGACCCGUCCUCGACGCCUCCACCGCCAGAAUGGAAGCUGCGCCUCGACACAGCCCCUACGCCCUCGAGUCCCUACACGCUCCUCAAGACCACGGAGCGCACAGCCUACGACCAGAGCCGGGCGCGCGCACUGCCCGAGAACAAGGAAAGCAGCGUGCACCGCGAAGUCAUCCUGUUCAACACCGUGCGCGAAGCCACAGAGGGCACGCUCACGAGCCUCUACUUCUUCCGCGGCGGGAGAUGGGUCACGCCGCCCGUGGGCGUGCCGUCUGCCUUCACGGCGUCGGGCGCCUCAAGCGGCGAGGCAGACGACGGCAAUCGACAUGGAGAUGCGAACGCCGAUGAAGGCGAACUGAGGAAACCGUUCGCAGGGCGCUGGGGCCACAGCCUAAGGAGCGCAAAGGUCGGGGCCGGCGGGCAGCGCGGCACCAGUCGACGGUGGGCGCUGGGCAAGGGAUAUUGCAUGGAGGAGACGGUCGAGCUGGGUACCAUCGAGGUGGGCGAGGGCGUGUGGUUGAGCAAUGGAGUCAGGGGGUUUGGAUUUGGGAGGGUCGUAGCGUAG